AGUGCUCGGCUGGGUCCCGGCUCCGACGCCGGAAGGGCACCGGGGCGCUUUUCUUGCCGAGCAGCUGUGCGUUUUCGCGGUAACCGGAGCGGACCCGGCCCGCUGACCGGAAGCCGGGGCCCGUGGGGUCCGGCAGGACGGGUGAGAGCGCGGACGGCCUUGGCUCGCUCGGAAUGAGGGACCGAACGCCCGGCUGACGCCCGUGCGCACCCCAGGAAUCCUGAAACCAACAUACUAGAUUGCAAAUAACUAUGGCUCACCAUCUUACCUUUCUUCGGAUAGUUUUGAUUCUGCUUCUCCAGAGCUCUGUGUUAGCUGAGGAUGGGGAAAUACGAUCAAGUUGUCGUACAGCUCCAACAGACUUGGUCUUCAUCUUAGAUGGUUCCUACAGUGUUGGCCCAGAAAAUUUUGAAAUAGUGAAAAAGUGGCUUGUCAAUAUCACAAACAACUUUGAUAUAGGACCGAAGUUUAUUCAAGUUGGAGUGGUGCAGUACAGUGACUAUCCCGUGCUGGAAGUCCCCUUGGGAAGCUAUGAUUCAGGAGAGAAUAUACGGGCAAUGGUGCAGUCCCUACACUACCUGGGAGGAAACACGAGGACCGGGAAGGCCAUCCAGUUUGCGCUUGAUUACCUUUUUGCCAAGUCCUCGCGAUUCCUAACUAAGAUUGCGGUGGUGCUCACAGAUGGUAAAUCCCAAGACGAAGUAAAGGGUGCGGCCGAAGCAGCAAGAGGCAGUGGAAUAACACUGUUUGCCAUCGGUAUUGGUUCAGAGACUGAAGACGCGGAGCUUAGAGCCAUUGCUAACAAGCCUUCCUCCACCUACGUGUUUUAUGUGGAAGACUACAUUGCAAUAUCCAAAAUAAGGGAGGCAGUGAAGCAGAAGCUCUGCCAAGAAUCUGUCUGUCCAACACGAAUUCCUGUGGCAGCCCGUGAUGAGAAAGGCUUUGACAUACUACUAGGAUUAGGUGUAAAGAAAAAGGUCAAGAAAAGAAUCCAACUUUCACCAACGAACAUAAAAGGAUAUGAAAUAACGUCGAAAGUUGAUCUGUCAGAAUUGACAAGCAAUGUGUUCCCAGAAGGUCUUCCUCCAUCGUAUGUAUUUGUUUCCACCCAGAGAUUUAAAGUCAAGAAAGUGUGGGAUUUGUGGAGAAUACUAACAACCCAUGGAAAGCCACAAAUAGCAGUUACCUUAAGUGGUGUGGACAAAACCUUAUCAUUUACCACGACUAGCAUAAUCAAUGGCUCACAAGUGGCCGUAUUUUCUGACCCUCAAGUUAAGACACUGUUUGAUGGAGGGUGGCAUCAAAUCCGUCUCUUAGUAACAGAACAAGACGUGGCCCUGUUUAUUGAUGACCAAGAAAUCAGCACCAAAGCCUUGCAUCCAACACUAGGGAUUUUCGUCAGUGGGCAAACACAAAUUGGAAAGUACUUUGGGAAGGAAGAAACUGUUCAGUUCGAUGUCCAAAAGUUGCGAAUCUACUGUGAUCCAGAGCAGAACAACCGGGAGACCGCAUGUGAGAUCCCUGGAUUCAAUGGAGAGUGCCUUAAUGGUCCCAGUGAUGUAGGGUCAACUGAAGCUCCUUGUGUCUGCCCAGCAGGGAAGCCAGGACUACAAGGCCCUAAGGGUGAUCCUGGACUCCCUGGGGCUCCUGGCCACCCUGGACGACCUGGUCAAGAUGGUAAGCCUGGUUAUCAGGGAACCUCAGGAUCACCAGGCAUUCCAGGAUCGCCAGGAAUACAAGGAAUGCGUGGACUUCCAGGUUACAAAGGAGAACCAGGGAAAGAUGGCCAAAAGGGUGACCGUGGGCUUCCUGGUUUUCCUGGUCUUCAUGGGAUGCCAGGAUUAAAGGGUGAAAUGGGCCCAAGAGGAGAUAAAGGGUCACCUGGAUUUUAUGGCAAAAAGGGUGCAAAAGGUGAAAAGGGAGACUAUGGUUUUCCUGGCCUUCCUGGACGUCCUGGAGAACCAGGAAGACAUGGAAAAGAUGGAUUAACGGGUAGUCCUGGCUUCAAGGGAGAAGCAGGAUCCCCAGGCACACCCGGGCAUGACGGACCUCGCGGACAGCCUGGAAUUCCAGGAUUUCCAGGAAACCAAGGUUUAAUGGGGCAGAAGGGUGAAAUUGGGUCUCCAGGACCAGUAGGAAAAAAAGGAUCUCCUGGAUUGCCAGGCUUGAUGGGAAGCCGUGGCUCCCCAGGUCAGCCUGGCACGACAGGACCUAAGGGGAGCAAAGGUGAACCUGGACUUCAAGGGCUCCCUGGGGCUUCUGGACUCAAGGGAGAACCAGGACCGAGGGGUCUUCCAGGAGAACCUGGGUACACGGGCCUCCCCGGGAUGCAAGGGACGAAGGGAGACAAAGGAAAUCAAGGGGAAAAAGGCAUUCAGGGUCAAAAGGGAGAAACUGGAAAACAAGGAAUUCCAGGACAACAGGGAAUUCAUGGUCACCAAGGUGUGAAAGGACAGAGAGGUGAAAAAGGAGAACCUGGCAUUAGAGGUGCCACUGGACUGAAAGGAGAACCUGGGACAGAUGGCAUGAUGGGCCCUGCUGGUCCCCAGGGACCACCCGGGGCAGCAGGCCCUCAGGGACCUCCAGGACUGGACGGGAAGCCCGGCAGAGAAUUUUCUGAACAAUUUAUUCGGCAAGUUUGCAGUGAUGUACUAAGAACCCAGUUACCAGUCUUCCUUCAGAGUGAGAGAAUUCAGAACUGUGCUCACUGUCAGCUGCAACGUGGCCCCCCUGGUGUUCCUGGACCACCUGGGCCCAUGGGCCCAGAAGGUCCCCGAGGAUUUCCGGGUUUCCCAGGAAGAGAUGGUGUUCCUGGAUCGGAGGGUGCUCCUGGCCGUCCAGGUGCCCGAGGAUUAAGAGGCCUCCCAGGAAAACAUGGGGUAAAGGGGAGCCAAGGGUUCGGGCACCCUGGAGAGCAAGGUCCUCCUGGUCCCCCAGGUCCAGAGGGCCCGCCAGGAAUAAGCAAAGAAGGUCCUCCAGGAGACCGGGGCAUUCCGGGCAAAGAUGGGGAUCGCGGGAAGCCUGGGCUCCAGGGGCAGCCAGGCCCACCUGGCAUCUGUGACCCAGCUCUGUGCUUCAGCGUCAUUGUUGGAAGGGAUCCAUUCAGAAAAGGACCAAACUAUUAGUCAGUUGCCCGCCUCAGCAGCCUGGGCAUGGUGCUUUUCUUUGUGGCCUUCUGCAUCUCAGGAAGAAACAUAACAGUAAUCCUUGGAAAGAAAACUGAAGUACCUCCAUGUUCUUACUUUUUAGGAAGAAUAUAUGAAGAAUAAGGAAGAAUAUAUGAAAGGUCACAUAUACUGAUUUUCAAGGCUCCAAAAUUUGGAGACUUGAGAUUAGUAACAUUGAUUAAAUCUCAAAAGUCUCUUGUUAAAUUCAUUCAUCCUAAUCCAAGUUGAAUAUAAAAAUCCACCUUUGCCUGUUAACUAGUAGAUUUUAAUCACUAUAAAAUAUUUCACAUCCAGUCUCUGUGUAGUACAGAUCUGAGUUCAAGUUCACUUUUGUGUGCGUUCUAUGUCCCCUGUCUUACAGACUGUGUGUCUACAGUGGCCAUUCUGAAGACAUAGCGCUGGGAUAGGCGGGAGUGUGGCCUCUACAUCUGUGGGUGUCACAGCCAAAGAGACAACCAACUGCUGAUUGAAUGUUUUUAAACAUAUAGUUGUGUCUGUCCUAAUAUGCACAGACUUUCCCUGAUUAUUAUUCCCUAAACAAUACAGCGUAACUAUUUGCAUAUCAUUUACAUUGUCUUAGGUUAAGGAUUCUACAGAUGAUUAUUUAAAGUACAAGGGAAGAUGUGCAGAGGCUAGAUCAAGCAUUCUGCUGUUUUGGAGGAGAGAGAUGAACCCUGUAGGCCCCUCCCCGAAGUGAGGGAGC